AUGGGGGCCAAGUCUAACAAGUCGCUUUACUUCGACAAGCUCAAGGGCUUGCUCGAGAAGUACACCUCCAUCUUCAUCGUCGAGAUCGACAAUGUCAGCUCUCAGCAGAUGCACGAGAUCCGACAUGCUCUCCGAAGCAAGGGUGUUGUCCUCAUGGGCAAGAACACCAUGGUUCGCCGAGCCUUGAAGACCUUCGUCACUGACUCCCCCGAGUACGAGCGUCUCCUUCCCCACGUCAAGGGUAACGUCGGUUUCGUUUUCACCAACGAGGACCUCAAGGAGGUUCGCGAUGUUAUCCUCGCCAACAAGGUCGCUGCUCCCGCUCGUGCCGGUGCUCUCGCCCCUGCCGACGUCUGGGUUCCUGCUGGAAACACCGGAAUGGAGCCCGGAAAGACCUCUUUCUUCCAGGCUCUCGGUGUCCCCACCAAGAUUGCCCGUGGUACCAUUGAAAUCACCACUGAUCUCAAGCUCGUUGAGGCCGGCUCCAAGGUCGGUCCCUCCGAGGCCACCCUCCUCAACAUGCUCAACAUCUCUCCCUUCACCUACGGUAUGGGUAUCUCUCAGGUCUACGACCAGGGCCAGACCUUCCCCCCCAGCGUCCUCGACGUCGGUGAGGAGCAGCUCCUCAAGACUCUGUCUCAGGCCAUUGCCACCAUUGCCACUAUCUCUCUGGCUCUGAACUUCCCUACCCUGCCUUCCGUCCUCCACUCCCUCGUCAACAGCUACAAGAAGGUUCUUGCUGUCGCCGUUGUCACCGAGGUCAGCUGGCCCGAGAUUGAGCAGCUCAAGGACCGCAUCGCCAACCCCGAUGCUUACGCCUCUGCUGCUCCUACCGCUGCCGCUGCCGGUGGUGAUGCUCCCGCUGCUGAGGAGGCCAAGAAGGAUGAGUCCGAGGAGGAGGAGGAUGAUGAGGGCUUCGGCGGUCUCUUCGACUAA